AUGCCUUGGACCAAAUCCCUACACCAGCAUGACCAAAGAAAGGUGUGGAAAAGAAUGCAGAGUUUGUGCCAGGCCCUUCACAACGUUUUGCUGCCAGAAAGCAGCGGAUCCCCAAAAGUGGCUAAGGGGAAAGACGAAGCCCCUGCUAAAGCACAGAUCACAGCAGAACAGCUUUUAAGGGAAGCUAAAGAAAGAGGGGAGAUCCCUGUUGGGGGGUCAGAGAACACUUUGGAGCAGCCACACAAGAAGGCCUAUCAGGAGGCCCAGAAGUGCCAGAAAAUGGCUGAAGACCAGAAAGCAAUGGUACCUGAGCUCAGAAAGAAAUCAAGGAGGGAGUACCUUGCCAAGAGGGGGAAGGAGAAGCUGGAGGAUCUAGAAGCAGAAUUGGCAGAUGAGGAAUUUCUUUUUGGAGAUGUAGAGCUGAGCCACACUGAGCAGCAGAAACUUAAGUAUAAGAAGAGGGUACGAGAUCUGGCCUGGCAGUACCAGGCAGCCAGGGAGAAAGAGAAGCUGGAGGCCACAACUCGAUACCACAUGCCAGAAGAGACUGGUGGACAGCCAACUGGUGGGGUGGAGCUGGUGGAAGAGUCGGGAGCGCCAAGAGAGGAGCAGAGGUGCUGGGAGGAGGCCCUUUUACGGGCAGCUGCUCUCCGGUUUGGAGCCAAGGAUGCUGCUGCCUCUGAGCCCAAGUAUGAACUGGUGUUGGAAGAGGAGGAGACCAUUGAAUUUAUCAGAGCCACAAGGCUCCAGGGUGAGGAGGAAGCAUCAGCUCCAUCCCCUUCAUCCGGGGAGCAACAGAAGGAGUCCAUUAGGGCUGAGAGAAGGAGCCUCCCUGUAUUUCCAUUCCGAAAUGACCUCCUUAAUGCCAUUGCUAAGCACCAGGUCCUCAUCAUUGAGGGUGAAACGGGGUCAGGGAAGACCACACAGAUCCCCCAGUACCUCUUGGAGGACGGUUACACACGGAAGGGAAUGAAGCUUGUCUGUACCCAGCCUCGGAGAGUGGCAGCCAUGAGUGUGGCAGCCAGAGUGGCCCUCGAGAUGGGGGUGAAGCUGGGGAAGGAGGUUGGCUACAGGAUCCGUUUUGAGGACUGUACUUCGGGCCGGACUGUUCUCAGAUACAUGACGGAUGGGAUGCUUCUUCGAGAGUUCCUUUCCCAGCCUGACCUUGCAAGUUACAGUGUGGUGAUGGUGGAUGAAGCUCAUGAACGGACUCUACACACAGACAUACUGUUUGGGUUGAUCAAGGACGUUGCUCGAUUCCGCCCAGAGCUCAAGGUGCUGGUGGCUUCGGCUACCCUAGACGCUGCCCGCUUCUCAGCCUUCUUUGACGAUGCCCCUAUUUUCCGGAUCCCUGGCCGCAGGUUUCCCGUGGACAUCUUCUAUACCAAGGCUCCAGAGGCAGAUUACUUGGAAGCCUGUGUGGUGUCUGUGCUACAGAUCCACAUCACUCAGCCCCCUGGGGACAUCCUGGUAUUUCUGACGGGACAGGAAGAGAUCGAAGCAGCUUGUGAGAUGCUCCGGGAUCGCUGCCGUCGCUUGGGCUCCAAGAUCCGGGAGCUCCUGGUACUGCCCAUUUAUGCCAACCUGCCUUCCCACAUGCAAGCACAGAUCUUCCAGCCAACACCCCCUGGGGCACGCAAGGUGGUGCUGGCGACCAACAUCGCAGAGACGUCACUGACCAUUGAGGGCAUCAUUUAUGUCCUGGACCCUGGUUUCUGCAAACAAAAGAGCUACAACCCCAGAACUGGCAUGGAAUCCCUUACUGUCACACCCUGUAGCAAGGCUUCAGCCAAUCAGAGAGCUGGCAGGGCAGGUCGGGUAGCUGCAGGGAAGUGCUUCCGCCUCUAUACAGCCUGGGCUUAUCAGCACGAGCUAGAGGAGACCACAGUGCCAGAGAUCCAGAGGACCUGCCUGGGCAAUGUCGUCCUGUUACUAAAGAGUCUGGGAAUCCAUGACUUAGUGCAUUUUGACUUUCUGGAUCCUCCACCCUACGAGACCCUGAUGCUGGCUCUAGAACAGUUAUAUGCUCUGGGAGCACUAAACCACCUGGGGGAGCUCACCACCCUGGGCAGGAAAAUGGCAGAAUUGCCUGUGGACCCUAUGUUAUCCAAGAUGAUUCUGGCCUCCCAGAAGUAUGGCUGCUCAGAGGAGAUCCUCACGGUGGCAGCCAUGCUCUCAGUCAACAACUCCAUCUUUUACCGUCCCAAGGACAAAGUUGUCCAUGCUGAUAAUGCCCGUGCCAACUUCUUCUUGCCUGGUGGGGACCACCUGGUGCUACUAAAUGUUUAUACACAGUGGGUUGAGAGUGGUUAUUCUUCCCAGUGGUGUCAUGAGAACUUUGUGCAGCUGCGCUCCUUGCGCCAAGCUCGAGAUGUUCGAGAACAGCUGGAGGGGCUCCUGGAACAGGUAGAAGUUGGGCUCAGCUCCUGCCAGGGGGACUAUACUCAAGUUCGAAAGGCCAUCACUGCUGGCUACUUCUAUCACACAGCACGGCUGACCCAAAGUGGGUACCGCACAGUGAAACAACAACAGACCGUCUUCAUUCACCCUGACUCCUCUCUUUUUGAGGAACAGCCACGUUGGAUUCUCUACCAUGAACUUGUCUGGACAACCAAGGAGUUCAUGAGACAGGUACUAGAAAUUCAGAGUGGUUGGCUCCUUGAAGUAGCUCCCCACUACUACAAGGCCAGAGAGCUAGAAGAUCCUAAUGCAAAGAAAAUGCCCAAGAAAGUUGGCAAGACUCGGGAGGAACUGGGUUAA